GAUUUCAAGUUAGUAUUCCAUAUAGAAGAUUUAAAAAUGAAUUUAUUUUUCGUAAAUGUAUUUUUUAUUGUUGGUUUAAUUCAGCUAUCUGUUGGUAGUGGUAAUAAAAACACUUAUCGUGCCGCUGUAGUUGAAUAUUCACCAGAUAUACCAUUCUCGGAUGAUAUUAAGAUUAUUUAUAGAAAAAGUGUUGCUGAUUAUAAACAUUUUAUACAAGAAGCUGCUAAACAGAAUGUCGAUAUAAUUGUAUUUCCCGAAGAUGGUCUAUCAACAUUAAAUGUGCCAGCAAAACGAAAUAAAAUACAUUCAUUCGCAACAAAAAUUCCUAAUCCUAACGACAAAAUAUCACCAUGUAAUACACCAGGUUUUUCUGAGCAUUUAACAAACUUAUCUUGUGAAGCUUCCGCUAAUAAAAUUUACGUUGUCGUCAACUUGAUUGAGUACGUAAAUUGUCAGGGCGAAGAUGGAUGUCCUUGCGAUAAUAGUUUUUACUUUAAUACAAAUUUGGUCUUUGAUAGAAAUGGGGUCGUGAUAGCAAGAUAUCGAAAAUACAACUUAUUUGUUGAACCUGGCUUUGAUGUUACAAAACAACCAGAGAUAGUAACAUUUACGACCGAUUUCGGUGUAACAUUUGGAAUGUUUAUCUGUUUUGAUAUCCUGUUUAAAGAGCCUGCGAUAACUUUGGUUAAAGAUAAACAAGUACACGAUAUUAUUUAUUCAACGGCAUGGUUUUCGGAACUUCCAUUUUUAACAGCUAUACAAACUCAAGCUGGUUGGGCAUAUGGAAACGAUGUUACCGUUCUUGCAUCUGGCUAUGAUAAUCCAAAUCAACGUAAUGUUGGAAGUGGAAUAUAUGUGGGAAGAGCUGGAAGUAUUAUUGAAUAUUUUCCAUUGCAACGUAAUAAUAGAUUAUUAGUAGCCAAUGUGCCUAAAUAUCCAUUUAAAAAUACUGAUCAAGACAUCCGAAAAAAUUCUAUCCAAAUAACAGAAAAUGAUGAUAGUCAAGAUGACUUAGUUCUAUUCCAAGAAGAUCUCAGCGGAUAUACGAGUGAAAUUUUAACUGACACAUAUGAAAAUAAGUUGUGUAAUAAUGACCUCUGUUGUAAUUUCGAAAUAAAAAGUACUCCUCUCAAAGAAGCGUCGUACGUUUACAGGGCUGUAGUAUUCAGUGGUCAACGAAACUACGCUCACAUUGUACAAGCUGGUACACAAGUUUGUGGUAUCGUAAGUUGUUUAAAGGAUACAAUUGAAUCGUGUGGCAUACGAAAUAAAACAUUUGAGACAGGUCGAGAGUUCCACAGUAUUAAAAUUUCGGGAAAUUUUCAUCAAAAUGAAAAUAAUGUUCAAUGGCCAUCAACUGUAAAUACUCAUUUUCUACCCUUGGAUCCAUUAAUGUUUACAUAUGAAAAUAAAAAUAAAAAUAUCGAAUUAAGCUUAAAUGAUGAUAUCCGAUUGGAUAAUUUAUUUACAUUUGCGAUUUAUGGAAGAGAUUAUUCCCAUGAUCAACACAUUCCUCAAACUAAUCAUGCAGAACAAUGUAACGGAAUCUGGACGAAAAGCAAAAUAAUGUUUAUCUUUUCAGUAUAUUUUUUUUAUUUUAGCUACGAUUCGAUCAACAUUUGAUCUUCAUCAGGCAUCAUAAAAAGUACCUCACAAUAAACAUUAAAUUAUUAUUUAUUUUAUA